AUGCAUCAUAAAGAAGGUUGUCAUUGGAACUGCUCUUCAUCUCAUCAUGCUGCAAAAAAAGGCCUAGAACAGAUUGUUAAGCUACUGCUUUUACAUGGUGCUAGUGCCUUGUUGAUGAACAAUGGUCAAACUGCACUUGAUGUUGCAAGACUCAAUGGAUAUAGCAAUGUUGUUCGUGCAAUUGAGAACCACAUAUGCUUAUUCUCUGGUUGGCUGCGAGCGCUUUAUAUUGUGCCAGGGUUUGCUCAACCACCUCCAAGAAAAGUACGUCCUCAUUCAUUCAACAUUCAAGCCUCCAGUAUCAGAUCACCAACCCAGAUAACCAAGAUCACCAACCCGAUCACUCAAAACAAGGAAAAGAGCCAAUGGCAAAACAAUGAUGCAGGAACAAGUCGCAAUUCAGUCAAUUACCCACCACCCACAGUCUCAUCAGCACCUCCGAUUUCAGACAUUAUGGAUGAUGAUCUGGUUCACUACAUAUCCACUGAUUCCACUCUAAUUGAGAAGGAGAAAGAGAAUAAAGAUUCUUCAACAUGUGUUAUAUGUUUGGAUGCACCGAUUGAGGGGGUAUGUAUCCCGUGUGGACACAUGGCUGGAUGCAUGUCAUGUUUGGAUGAAGUCAAAGGAAAGAAUUGUGGUUACCCGGUUUGUCGCACUAAGAUCGAUCAAGUUGUUCGUGGUUAUGCGGUCAAAGUUUGA